UUAUUGUAUUACACUGUCUCUGUGUCUGCUUCAUCAUUCUCCCGGGAUCUCGCGCCGCUGCUGCCACACAUCACAGAGGUUGAGACGCCUGUUUCCAACUGACGACUGAUAUCUUCGAGAUCUGCAGAUAGUCUACCUGAAAAUUAAUCUAACACCAAGAUUAAGCCUGACUGCAUUCACUUGGACUCUGUGAAGGUGCAUCAUAAUAAAGGCCACGGCUUUACUUCCCCUGACUACAGACUGCAACCUGUCAUGGAGAUUCAUCAGUCUGCUGUGAUUCUGCUGCUGAUCUUGAGUGUGUCAUCCUUCACUCAUGGUCAACCAGACAACAUAAAGCCCCGCUAUAAAAAAUUCCUCAAUCAACAUUUCGGUCCUAGUAUGAAUGAGCAGAAGUGUACCAGUGAAAUCAAAACGAGAGCUAUCACUGGAAAUGAUGGUGGCUGCAAACCUGUCAACACCUUCAUACAAGCAAAUUCAAAUGAUAUUAAAGCAGUUUGUGGCAAUGCAGGAACUCCACAGGGCGGGGACCUGUUUAAGAGCAACCAGCCUUUUCCGGUGAUCACAUGCAAAUUACAAAGUGGGCAGAGACCCCCAAGAUGUGAAUAUGGUAAAGGGAAGAAGUCCACUCGUUACAUUGUGUUGGGGUGUGCAGAAGGCUGGCCUGUACACUAUGAAGAAGGCAUUACUGAUGCAAAGAAGAUAGGCUGAAAAGAGCCUCACAGAGCUUUAAUUUUAAAAAUAUUUUUUUUAAGUUAAUGGUAUAUUCUGCACUUCUUCAUGCAUGUCUCUGUGUGCAAUCAUUCUUAUGUGCAAGAUUCAGCUAGUCUAAUGAACUUUUAAUCACUCUGUUAACACUUUUUGAGCAUUAAAAAGCUUUUUAAUGGGAGUAGUGAAUGAGCAAAAACAGAUGAGGGAAGAAAGACGCAGAUGUUUUUUCCACCUGUCUGUAAUCCUCAGUAAAACUUCUCUACCCUUAAA